UCUAUCCUGUAACCACAACCUCAACCUCCACCUCCAUUACUCUCUUCAACCUCAAACUCUCUCACUUUCUCUCUCCUCUAAACAACUGAGAUUGGCACAACGAUAAUGGCAAUGGCUUCCGCAACAACAACAACAAUUCUCUCACUCAAAACCCCAUCUCUCUCUUCUUCCCCUACUCGAUGCUCUGCUGCUCAAGGCAUUUCUCUUACGCAUUUCAACAAACACUUUAAGAGCACUCUCAACCUCUCCUCUUCCCACAGCAUUUCAUCUUCUAUGCUUCAACCCAUUAUCCUCCAGAAUAAGAGAAUCUCCACCGUCGAUUCUUCUGUGUCUACUUCUUUCACUGUUUUCGCUGCUAAAGGGUACAAGAUGAAGACCCACAAGGCCUCAGCGAAGAGAUUUAGGGUGACUGGAAAAGGGAAGAUUGUGAGGAGGCGAGCUGGGAAACAGCAUCUUCUUGCUAAGAAGAACACUAAGAGGAAGAACCGUCUCUCCAAAUUGGUUCAAGUUGAUCGGAGUGAUUAUGACAAUGUGAUCGGCGCUUUGCCAUACCUGAAGGUGAACCGGAAAGUAUAGUGGAAGCAACAUUUCCAUCCCCUGAUGAAAGACCAGCAAUUUUUCUUUCCCUCUUUUGUAACAUUCCAAUCUAUUUAGCAGCAAGCUUUUGUUCUAGCUAGUCAAUUACAUUUAAGCUAUUUUUUUUCUUCACAUUUCCUUUUAUCCUUCGGCAUAUUCUUGUAACUAAAUUAUUAUUCCAGGAGCAAGUUUUUGCGGCUAGUUCAAGAAACAAAAUGUUUAUGCUUUUAUCAAAAUGAAUCAAAGAACAUCAAUAGAUCCCCCAUUUUAGAGAAUACAACCUUUUAAUUUUCUCA